AUGUCCUCGGAGGAAAGUUCAAGCUAUGAUGAGUCGAAAGGGAAUGCCCAAGAAAGCGAAUCGGAGAACGAUUAUGUAGCUGACCAGCACCAACCAAGUACGGUCAUAUCAUCGGAUGAUGAUGACGAACAAGUGCAGAAAAGAGGGAAAGGUUUCAUUGCUGAAAAGAGCAGAUCUCCAUCAGAGGAACGGCAAAAUAUAGUUUCGGCUGGAAGUGAUGAUGACUCCGGUGCUCCUUCAGAACGUCGCGUAGAAGCUGAGGAAGAUUCCGAUGCUUUGUCGGAACGACAACCACUUCCUGCCGUUUCUGAUGACUCAGAUGCAAUCUCGGAACGAGAACUGGAUGAAACAAAAGAAUCCGAUGAUAGCGAAAAAGACGGUGGCAAUACAUCGAAGAGCCCUUCACAAACAGAUGAGAUGGAGGAGAAACAAGGACUUAAAGAUAUCGCGUUAUCAGAAAGUGACAGCGACAAAGAAAGUAACGAAGAACGAAAGGGAUUAACGGAGGAUGACAUAGUUGGACCGCGUCUGUACCCCGAUCCAGAAACAGGUGUUGCAGAUACUGAACGUCUUGAACCGACAGUCGUUGAAGUUAGCACUGCAAGAAUAUGUCCAAAAUUCACUGACGAGGGACUGUAUUUUGUGAAAUUCCCAAACUUUUUGAGCAUUGAACCACGUCCAUUCGAUCAAGAUCAUUACGAAGAUGAAUUUGAUGAGGAUGAUUUGCUGGAUGAAGAAGGACGCGCUAGGCUGAAAUUGCGGGUGGAAAAUACAAUCCGUUGGCGUUAUGUGUUGGAUGAUGAUGGCAAUAUACAGAAACAAGGAAAUUCAAAGGUUGUUCGAUGGUCGGAUGGAACGAUGUCUCUUUAUCUUGGUGGAGAAAUUUUCGAUGUAAUGGUACAGCCGAUGCAACUUGAUAAUCAUUUGUUCUUACGACAAGGCGCAGGCUUGCAAGGACAUGCUGUUUUCAAGGAAAAAUUAGUAUUUCGUCCGCAUUCAACUGAUUCCAUUACUCAUCGGAAGGUUACCCUGUCAAUGGCAGAUCGAUCUAGCAAAUCUCAAAAAGUGAAAGUUUUGACUGCAGUUGGUUCGAAUCCAGAAUCGAAAAAAGCGGAAAUAGUUCGAAAAGAAGAAGAGCGUAUGCGUGCUCAAAAUCGUCGUGAAGCACAACAGAGGCGUAAUCGCAUGCGUCCAUCUCUAGGUCGAUCAGGGUUGACCGCCAAUUUCUUGGAGGAUAGAGACGAAGAUUCUGACAAAGAAUCAACAACAAUUUUUAUAGACGAAGAGUCAAUAUCUGCGAUCAAGAAUCGUUAUAAGCAUGGUUUGGAUGAUAGGCCGUUGAUCGGCCACUCAGAUUCUGAGGACUCAGAUUCCAAGCGAUUGCAUGAUGCUAAAAAAGAUAGCGAAGACAGUGACAGUGACCAGGAAAAGAAAAAACAGAGAAAGAGGAAAGUGAUUAUUGAAGAUGAUGAUGAAGAAGAGAAUUAG